AUGAGCCUACCUCCCUCACAUCCUCUCAUCACUCUAUACACCACCUCUGGAGUGGAUCAGCACUCACCUGUAUGGUUUCCUGGUGCCAGGCAACCACUGUUUGUGAGAGCUCUCCUAGCUCAUGCCAUCCUAGACUUGCCUCCACCACCUCCACAACCCAUCAGCCCACACUCACCACUACCACCCUGGCUGGACAUCUCAGACAAGAUCAACCUGCACCUUCCUGGCCUCCCUCCCACUCAUGGUUCUGCUGGUGUCCUAGCUCCCACCCUCUUUCUACAGCUGGACAGAACCUUAUACCACCACCACCUCAGAAUAUAUACUGAUGGCUCCCACUCCCCUUCACCCUCUUCCACAGCUGCAGCCAUCUAUUUACCUGCAUCCUCUACCUGCACGACGUGGAGGCUCCCACCAGACACCGAUGUCCUGACAGCGGAACUCUAUGCCCUUCAGCAAGCCCUCAACCACCUCACCACACUCUCCUCUACAGGCUCAGCAGUUAUUUAUACUGACUCCCUCUCCUCCCUGCACCUCCUUCAAUCCCGCCAUCCAACCUCAUCCACCUUCCUCGUUCACUCCAUCCAGCGGACGCUGCUACAGCUUCCCACUAUGGGUUGGGGGGUAACCCUACAGUGGGUUCCAUCCCACUCAGGCAUCCGAGGAAACGAGGUUGCCGAUGCUGCGGCCAAGAUGGGCUUGUCGGAGGUAAACAUCACUCCGCUCCCUCUCCCUCUCGCCACCGCCAAGCGCAUUAUCUCCAGAAAAUGUCACUUCACCUGGGACACCUCCCUCAACACUGCUCUCCUCACCACUUCUCUGGGCCAGUAUAGGUGUAAUUCCUCCCCACAACCCUGGAUGCGACAGCAGUCCCGUGCACUAGACGUCGCCCUCACCCGUCUACGCCUGGGCCACACCAGACUCACUGGUCUGGUCACCUGCACCUGUCCCCUGACCCAUACUGCCCAUGGUGCAGGACUGUACCCGAAACCAUCGAACACUUCCUUCUCCACUGCCCACGCUUUCACUCUCACCGUGUUGUGCUACGUUCCCGACUCCUUGCCCUGGACGUGGCAACAUUCGACCUGCCCACCCUGCUGGCGGCAGCAGGCGUUCACCCGUCACGGCAACCCACUGUCAUCCGCCUCACCUGUGCCUUCCUCAAAAAGACUGAUCAGCUGUCACCCCUGUGAUAACAUCACGGGCCUCCUCCAGGGCUCAUAGGAUCCAGCGGAUCUUCACGGCCCUCAACACGAAGAAGAAAUAACUGGUGUUGAGUGGUGGGUGUCCCUUAUUUACACCACAUUUUUACCCUUUUCCCGGCUACUGGUGACCUUGCUAGCCUCUGGAGGCAAAAUUGAGGUCACCAGGUGCAGCGUCUCCAGUAGAGGAGGAGAUACAGCGAGAAAUAACGGAGAUAACAGAAAUGAUGGGAUGGCAACACUCACACGUACGGACAGGCUGGCCUCAUCUCAUCCCAUCCCGUCCCUCUCUCCUUCACCUCCCCCGACCUGCCCACUGAAAGAUAGAGGGAGAGCAAUGCAGUCUCCCUGGGAGAGAGCCUCCUCGCCGAUAUGCAAGCUGGUGGUGGGAGCUGUUAUGAAUGAAAUCCCCAAGAACUCCCCUCCACUUGGCCUGCCUACCCUCAACACUGCAAACACUGAUUCUGAUUUUGAGUGGAGUGGAGCUGGGUAUAGUUUGUCAUAGCAAGGUCAUUUCUCUUACUAGUUGUUGAUAUAGGAACUUAUUUUGAAGUGAGUAAGGUGUUUGGACAAGAAAUAGAAGCUUUUUAUGUGGGAAUUAAUUUUAUUCAGUUGUGUUGAAGUUUAUACAUGUACAACAUACAUUCAUUUGGCAAGUUAUUAGUCUGUAUGUUAACUUAAUUAUUAAUACUUCUCUUUCCUCCUUUCCCAGGUGAUCUGAUGUUAUGGGAAAUGAUGGUGCAGAGAGAGAGAGAGAGAGAGAGAGAGAGAGAGAGAGAGAGAGAGAGAGAGAGAGAGAGAGAGAGAGAGAGAGAGAGAGAGAGAGAGAGAGAGAGAGAGAGAGAGAGAGAGAGGUGGUGGUGGUGAUGCAAGAGGAUGGAGGACGUAUUGGUAGUGAUAGGGCAGGCAGGCAGGCAGGGUGUGGUGAGGAUUGGUAAGGUGAUAGGGAAGGAAGUGGGAGGAAGAGGAUAAGGUAGAGUUGUUAAGGAGUUGAGAAUAAUGGACAUGACAUGACCUGAUGUGGUGUGGUGUUGUUGCACUUUGUCCCCAGGGCCAGGAGGAGGUGCCGCCAACAUUCCACCCGGCACCCACCACUCUAGUAGUAGGUGUAGCAGUAGUAGUAAACAUUAGUCUCUCUCUCUCUCUCUCUCUCUCUCUCUCUCUCUCUCUCUCUCUCUCUCUCUCUCUCUCUCUCUCUCUCUCUCUCUCUCUCUCUCUGCCCACAGACCCACAGUAUGCCCCCACAGUAUGUUUACAAACCCACAGUCACUCCACACAGCCCCUCCCCUCAAUAAACACACACUCUCUCUCUCUCUCUCUCUCUCUCUCUCCACAGACCCACAGUAUCAAUGACACUCACCAUGUCACAGUCUUUCAGCCAUCUAUCUACCUUGAGGCAAUCAAUCAAUCACCUACACUUUGGUUCAUAAAGGGAGCCAUCUAUUGUCACAAAGGUUUCAGUUCUAUGUACUGAUUUCCUCCCAACCAGCUGUAAAUUAACUGGAAUUUCUACACAUCAAAUAAAAUUCAGUCCUUUAA